UGAUUCCUGAUAUAUUACGAUCUCUUCAAACACUUGCUGAUUUCAUAUGGAAAUAGACAGUUACUUGCGUCACACAGACACUGGCCAAUAGAGCCCCGGGGUCGCUGUAUAAAAGAAACGUAUAUAUAGUACUAGUUCAUUUCAUAAACAGAAACGGGAGGAUUUAUAUUAUUUUCAGCAAAACAACGUAAACCGACGGCAACUGCAGGUUCGCGUUCACCUAUUGUAUCUGAACGCCUACGAUCACAGUACCAAGGAGUGAUACUCCAAGCCUCUUAUAUGAAAAUGGCGCUAAUGAAUCUAUCAAUGGUGGGUUCCAUCUCAGUGUCGGAAAGUCUGGUGGCUAUGGCUACAAUGUGCAUUGUGUUCCUGAUCUUUCGAUUACUGCGCCCAAAAAUCCCAGAGGGUCUUCAACAGCUGCCAGGACCCAAGCCGGUCCCCAUAAUUGGGAAUGUGCUGGAGGUGGGGAGGAAUCCUCACCUUAGCCUAACUGCUAUGGCAGAGCACUACGGUUCUGUCUACCAGAUUCACAUCGGCAUGCGUCCUGUGGUGGUCCUCAGCGGGAUCAAAACUUUGCGACAGGCCCUCAUCAGGCAAGGGGAGGAUUUUGCCGGCCGGCCAGACUUGCACAGUUUCCGUCUCCUACUUGACGGAAAGAGUUUGGCGUUCAGCACUGAUUUAUCCGGAGUCUGGUAUACCCGUCGAAAACUGGCCACCAGUGCCUUGCGCUCAUUUUCCAUCGUAAAGGGCAGCAGCGCUGGCUACUCCUGUAUCCUGGAAGAGCACAUCUGUAAGGAGGGCGAGUACCUAGUCAAGCAGCUCAGCUCUGUCAUGGAAGCAGAAGGCCACUUUGAUCCAUUCCGCUAUAUCGUGAUUUCGGUUACCAACGUGAUCUGUGGCAUGUGCUUUGGCCGGCGGUACCACCACGAUGACCAGGAACUGCUGAACUUGGUGAACAUGAGUGAUGAGGUUGGACGUGUAUUGGGCAGCGGGAACCUGGCUGACUUCAUCCCUUUCUUACGGUUCUUGCCUAAUCACACUAUGAAAGCCUUCCGGGAGAUCAAUGAUCGCUUCACCACUUUUGUGCAGAAGAUCGUCAUGGAGCACUACACCACCUUUAACAAGAAGAAUAUCCGUGACAUCACAGAUUCUCUCAUCAAUCACUGUGAGGACAGGAAGGUGGAUGAAAACUCAAACAUCCAAGUCUCUGAUGAAAAGAUUGUUGCCAUUGUCAAUGAUCUCUUUGGUGCAGGAUUUGAUACCAUAAGUACAGCACUGUCAUGGGCUGUUGUGUACUUGGUUGCUUACCCUGAAUUCCAAGAGAAGCUCCAUCAAGAACUGAGGGAGCGUGUUGGAAUGGAUCGUACCCCACGUCUCAGUGACAAGCCCAAGCUGCCGCUUCUGGACGCCUUCAUUAUCGAGCUAUUCCGCCACACAUCCUUCCUGCCUUUCACCAUCCCACACUGCACAACUAAAGACACAGCACUCAAUGGGUUCUUCAUCCCUAAGGACACAUGCGUCUUCAUCAAUCAGUGGCAGGUCAACCACGACCCUACGAUAUGGAAAGAGCCCUUCUCCUUCUACCCAGAACGGUUCCUAAGCCCCGAUGGAACAGAGGUCAACAAAGUCAUGGCAGAGAAGGUUCAGUUGUUUGGUAUGGGCAAACGUCGCUGCAUUGGUGAGACUAUUGGCCGCAUUGAGGUCUUCCUCUUCCUGGCCAUCCUGCUGCAGAGGCUGCAGUUCCACAAAGUGCCUGGGCAUCCGCUGGACAUGACCCCUGAGUAUGGCCUGACCAUGAAGCAUAAACGAUGCCAGCUGGGUGCCCUCCUGAGGGAGUAGGGGGUGGCAAAGCACUGGUGUCCCACCCACAGAGUUCAUUUGUGAAUAUAAGUCCAAUAAUAUGAGGACAUGUCAUAUUUUUUCCAUCGCUUUAUUCUGAACAUGAUAGAAAGUUGGUUGAAUGUCUAAGAGGUACUACAGAUUUUUGACAGAUGUACAUCAAUGUGUUUCCAUUUUGUUAAUCAGUAGACUUUUGUGAAAUGUUUGUUUUUGCCAGUAAGUGAUUAACGUGGGCAGUGACUGAAAGGGAGACAAAGUGUGCUGUACUUUAGUAUCCAGCACAAAAUAAACUACUGCAGUUGUCGUGCCAGUUCAUCACAAGACACAAGCACAUUAGAGGCAUUGUUUCACUUUGCUGCAUGGGACGAACAUGCAAACUUCAAUCACAAAGCAGGGCUGAGACUCGAAUCUCCAGGCUUUGCAGUGCUGGCUUUUCACUGAGCUACAAAGUCACCCUAUACACAGCCAAUGUGUUUUUUCAUUGUCUCGCUUUGAAAAUGACUUCCUAAUACACAGGUUUUUCCUUUGAUGAGCAGCAAUGAUCAUGUUGCUAAAACCCAUUUUUCUUGUUUGCAAACUGUAUAUAUUAAUACAUUGUAAGCUGUUCCAGAGAAAUAAGUGUAAAUUAGUAAUACUGAAGGCAUUUUGCUAUGUCUGAAAUUUAUCCCAAUAUGUGGUGUAUGUUUUUUUGUGAUUGUAUAUACAUUUUACUACAUUUUGACUGCAAAAAUGUAUUUUGUACUUAAAUACUAUAAGAAACAUUAAAUAUUUUAUGAAACAUUG